UCCAAAUUAUACACUACAGUAUUAGUAGCUUUUCUCUUAAAACAGUCAGUGCUCUCUGAAAUUGACAAAUAAGCCACUUGUAGUCACUCUAGUACAGACCGGCAGUGAGAAAUGUUUGCUUUAAAAGGUGUUUUCUCUUUUUCAGUGUUUGUCAGGUUCAACUCAAGCCAUGGCUUCCCGGUGGAGCUUGGGUUGGAAGCCAGCAUCCUCCAGCUGAAGGAGGCGGUUGCGCAGCGACAGGGAGUUCCAGCUGACCAGCUGCGGGUGAUCUUUGCAGGGAGAGAGCUCAGCAACGACUUAACGCUGCAGAAUUGUGACCUGGUCCAGCAAAGCAUCGUUCAUAUUGUUCAGAAUCCACAGAAGAAUAGUGAUAAGGAUGAGACUGAAGACAACAAUACUGGAGGCAUUCUAAAAACGUUGGAAAGAGUACCUGAAAGUCUAACUCGCAUAGAUCUCAGUUCCAGCAUCCUCCCGUCGCUGUCUGCAGGGUUGGCUGUUAUUCUGGAUACUAAAGAACCCAACAUUUCCCCUCCGUCUGAAAAGUCAGGUGCAGCUUGUUACAACAGCUUUUAUGUUUUUUGCAAAAGUUCCUGCCAAGCUGUGAAACCUGGGAAACUGAGGGUCCGAUGCAGUGAAUGUAAGCAAGGCACACUCACACUGGCAAGGGGCCCAUCUUGCUGGGAUGAUGUGCUGAUUCCAAACAGAAUAACAGGUGUUUGCCGGUCCCCAAAGUGCAAUGGAAAUGUAGCGGAGUUUUACUUUAAAUGUGGAGCACACCCAACAACUGACAGUGAAACAUCUGUGGCUCUGAACCUCAUUGCUACAAACAGUCGCGGUAUCACAUGUAUAACAUGCACGGAUAUUAGGAGUCCUGUGCUUGUGUUCCAGUGUGUGCAUCGCCAUGUCAUUUGCCUAGAUUGUUUCCAUUUGUACUGUGUGACAAUGUUAAAUGAUCGUCAGUUCAUCUAUGACCCAGAUCUUGGCUACUCCCUCCCAUGUGUAGCUGGCUGUGCAGACUCCUUGAUUAAAGAGGUUCAUCACUUCAGGAUUCUGGGAGAAGAACAGUAUAACCGCUACCAGCGCUAUGGUGCAGAGGAGUGCGUGCUGCAGAUGGGGGGCCUGCUGUGUCCAACGCCCAGCUGUGGCGCAGGUCUGCUACCUGAACCAGGAGUGAGGAAGAUUGUAUGUGAACCAGGCAAUGGAAUAGGCUGUGGGUUUGUGUUCUGCCGUGAAUGUAAAGAAGAAUACCAUGAAGAGGAAUGCAGCUCUUUCCUCAGCACACAGGGAGCUGCGGCCCAAAAGGGAUAUGCAGUUGAUGAAAACGCAGCCAUGCAAGCCCGGUGGGAAGAGGCAUCUAAAGAAACAAUCAAGAAAACAACCAAGCCAUGUCCCAACUGCCAUAUUCCAGUGGAGAAAAAUGGUGGCUGCAUGCACAUGAAAUGUCCUCGACCUCAGUGCAGGUUUGAGUGGUGCUGGAACUGUGGCGUGGAGUGGAACAGAACCUGCAUGGGCAAUCACUGGUUUGACUGAUGGCACAGUGACCCAGGGGCUAGCUGGCAUUGCUGCUGCAGCUGGCUUUCAUCAGGGUCACAUUCUGAACUCCCUGCUUGAACAAAACUCCCAGUGGUUUCAGGGGUGGAUAGUUCAGAUGUUAGCUCAGUUUGUUGUUUUUUUCUUGCUUACCUGUGGAAUUAUACUAAACUCACAUUGAAGGUGCGCCAAGGGUUUUAAAUCCAUUAAGUAAAAAGAGAAAUUGUUUUAAUGGACAAACUUACUCAUCGUGGUACAAAGAAGGAUAAAUUUCACCUUUCUGAAUAUCUUCAGCCUGUCAGCACAGAGAGCAGACAGGUUUACCAUGAGGAACACACUUGAUAUUUCUAGUCAGAAAUCCGUGACUCCUGCAAGAGAGCAGCAGGUGCUUUUGUGUAUCAGGAGCUACAGUGGAGAGUCCCAGCACCAACUCCUUUGCUCAGUCAGCACAAUUUUUGAUUUUAAGACUGUGUUUCUUAACGGCUUAAUAGCUUUUUAACAGAUGGAAGACACUGGCUGUUCAGUGUUUACUCAGGGUUCCUUCUGAACAGGUUUGCUGUAGUGUUCUUGCCUUCAAACCAAAUUCUCAUAGAAACAGCCAGCUUUAUGCCAGAUUUGUGCUUGCGUAUUUGUAACACAUGGCAUGAAAUCUGCCUAUCAUCACACAGACUAAGUUACCUCUCAUAGAUUAGUUGAGGAUGCAUGCAGUUUGAGCUCUAACCAUGAGUGUUGCAGUGGUGGUUGGAUAUGAUUAAGUGUUGUAAAAGCUAAACUCCAGGGGUUUCAUUUUUCUUGUGCUUAUAGCAAUACUUUGAAUGUAGCAUGGGAAGCAGGAGGAACCUUCUUGGGGGUUUCCUUCAUUGUCAAUCUAAAUUGAAUCAGAAUAUGAUUUCUGAAAAUGCAUUCACAGCUCAAACAAUGAGGAACUUCUUUCAUUUUACAGUGUUUACACAAUAAGUAAAGCUUUAUAGCAUUUCCAAGCCUGAACAGUGUUACUGUUUCAUAUCCUUUGCAUUGCUGUCCUAAUCUAAAAUGAAAUGGGUACUGUUCAUCUCAGCGUGUCAGGUAAGGAUUUCUUAUAAGUCAUUUUGAGAAAAAGCACACAGCAAAUAAAGGUGUCAAAAAUGA